GCUGGGCUACCAAAUACGGGGAGGAUCGGGCUGUGAGCCCGCGAUUCGUUGCCCUCCAUCGCCGACCACCCCGGACCGCUCGUUUUUCUUUUUUUCCCACGGCAGCUCUUGCCCACGUUCGUUUCCACAGCCACGUCAAGCGCCAUGACUAACCAAGGCGGCGAAGCCAGCGGGUCUUCACUCUUUCAGGCCCGCAGCACCCGCCACGACGACAACCACGAACUCAACCACAACCACAAUCACCUGCAUCAACACCAGCACCAGCACCACCACCUCCAUCCCCACCAACGCCGUCGUUUGUUACACCACGUCGAGGCCGACAGCGCCUCACCACACAUUCGUUCACCAUCAGACGAGAAGACGCUGCAUAACCGCGAAGCCGUUGUCAUCGUGCAGACCGUGUCCGUCAUCAACUACAUCGAUGCUUCCGGUGUCGUCACCAGCGUCGAGACCGUUCGCUCCCCCGAUCCCGUGCCGGUUGCACAGACAACGCUAGAUCUCCCGGCCGUUGUCACGGCCGGUCUUUCCGUUCUCGGCAACCUCGUGCCCAGCGUGUCUCUCUCCGGCUUGCUCCCCGGUCCUAGCGAUGGCGCGCCAUCGGCCACGUCCUCCGUCCAGUCGGAGACGGCUUCGUCUUCUCUGUCCGCGUCCUCGAUGACGCUGACGUCCGCUCCUUUGAGCAGCUCGUCUGUCUUUCCCACGCUAACCACCGGGCUGUUCAACUCCUCCACACGAAUUUCGUCGCUCUCUGGCAACCAAACGUCGCUACUUUUCUCGAACUCCACACGGACUUCGUCCUCUCAUUCCACCUUCGCUUCUACUACGACCGCGAGCAGCAGUUCUCGGUUGACUUCUACAACGGUGUUCGAUCUGCCCACGGCUGCGGCUGGUGGAGCUGGGGCCGGCGCAGACAGCGGUGCCGCGGCUCCUUCUGCAACCUCGGCUUCUGCGCAACCGACUUCGGGGACUCCCUCAGGCCUCACUCCCGAAACGCGAAACGCCGUUGUUGGAGGUGUCGUCGGCAGUGUUGCGGGCCUGGCGCUCAUUGCCUUGAUAUUCCUGUAUUUGCUCAAAUGGAAGAAACAGCGAGGCCAGGGCAUCAUGUUGCUGGGCGACAGUAACAGCUCCGCGCGGGGUGGGGGCGUUUCGUCCCCGGAUCCAGCGAUGCCCCGAAGUGGAACGGGCAUGGCGGAGCGAUCAGGCCCGUUUGCGAUACCGUCUGCCCUCGCCAAGUUGACCGGAGGCAGACGAGCCAUCGACGCACCGCCGGGGCCUCCCGUGCAAGAGAAAGGAUUCUACAGGGUGUCCGGCAGGAAGCUUAUAUCAGUUCUUGAAUCCGGCGGAGACGGCUAUACAGACCCACACGAUAGCGUCGGCAGCGCCACAUCCUAUUACCGAGACUCGCAGUCGUUCGUGGACGGCUCCAAACGGCCCCCGCUGCAGCUGGGAUCCCCGAUGCGGCCCGUUAGCGGCGUGCCCAUCUUCCGCGACGGACCCCAGCGGACUCCGGUUCACGAAGAAGGACCUCGGCCCGGCGGUCCCCAAUCCUCGGCGUCUCCUGGCUCAUUACCGCUCGCGGAUGCGCCUGGCCGCAGCUUUGCAUCGCGAGACAGCCCGCGCGGUUCGGGAUCGCGGUUCACCGAGCACGCCUGACAGAUGGUUGAGCCAACCAGUCGAUUAUAAUGCCUUGUAUAUCCCGCCACUGUUUAUUCUCUAAUGUCUGGAACAAGGGCUUCAGCAUGGGAAGCGGGCUAACCUAUAGGGCUCGCCAGGUUAUGGGUAAUAUUAACCCCCCAUACCGCUGAAAUUUUUUUUGUUUUAUUUUUUUAUCUUUUUGGGCAUUAUUCCCGUUUAUCUUUUGGGUACAUGCCAGAUCGUCC